CACAUUCAUAACCGAUGUCAUCUAAAUGUCAUACAUAUAACCCAAGUGUAACUAAGUUUCAAUGUGUACAUGCUAGCAAGGUAGCUACAUGGGUCUAUGCAAAAUGAAUGCAUAAAUAGUAGCUCAUUGGCAUAAUAGAAUGGUUAAUGCAUUUCAAGAAACAUAUUCAGGAUUGUAAGGGGUUAACAGGAACACCAUCCAACUUUAGUGUGCAACAUAGCAAACGACCUCUGGGUGGUAUCGUUUGCUUGCUCGCUAACUUCACUUAGCUUCAGAGCUGCCGUUCGUUGCCCUCCGUUUUGGCUAGCCUAGUAAGGUAGUUGUUGACUUGAUACUUGGUAUCUAGUUAGCUAAAUCCGGUCGCUGAAAGGAGCAGCUAAGUAGGCAGACAGCGUUAACGUAACAUUAGCGAGCUAGCGGGUUUUCUGUGAAAUGGACCAGAGCAAACAACAAGAAGAGGACUUUGGCUACAACCUGUUCCCGGAGAGGAAUACGAAGAAAUUCCAAAAAGGAUCAAUCGCUGAAACCAUAUUUACCUCAAACCAUAAAUGCCAGGUCAUGCUGCACUUGGCAUUGGAGACAAGUCCUUAUGCAAAACUCCUCCUUGGUGCGAUGAACCAGUCAGGAUGCGCCGUUUAUAAAGAUCGCCAUUUUUCAUGUGAAGACUGUGACGGGAUUGUCAGUGGUGGUUUUGAUGCAACAUCAUCCCAAAUCGUCUUGUGCCAGAAUAACAUCCACCAGCAGUCGCACAUGAACAGGGUGGUCACGCACGAACUCAUCCACGCCUUUGACCACUGCAGAGCAGACGUUGACUGGUUCAACAAUUACAAGCAUUUGGCUUGUUCAGAGAUUCGAGCCGCCAAUCUGAGUGGAGAUUGCGCCUUCAGCAACGAGCUGGCCAGGUUCAACUUCGGCUUCUGGGGACAUCACCAGGCCUGUGUGCGGGACCGCGCCCUGCGCUCCUUCCUGGCGGUCAGGAAGGUGACGCGGGCGGAGGCGGAGAAGGUGGUGGACGAGGUCUUCCCCAGCUGCUUCAACGACCACGCCCCCUUCGGCAGAAUCCCGCACGGCAUGCGGGACGCCAACUUCGCCUACAGGGAGUUCCAGAACCGCCACCGCUACUACGCCAACCUAUGAGGGGGGGCGAGGCGGACGUCCGCUAAAGGUGCUGUCUGUACGAGACAUUUCAGAACAGAGUGGUGCGGAGGGGUCUCCGGCACAACAUCCGCCCCCGCGCGUCUGAAACCCACGUUCCCCGGGGAGGGCGAGACCGUACGUUAUCCUGAUCCCAUCACCUGCUAAAGAGUGUCAUUUUGUUUUAUUUUAUUAGCGAGCAGUUCCAAUGUAAUACGACUGAGGAGAAGGAAUACAUUUUAAUGGCAUAAUUACUGUAUGAAGGGCCACAUUUGCCAGUUAACCUUAUAGGAUUUAAUAUGGAUUUUGUAUUUUGCUUGCCUUGCGUCAUGGAAUUUCAUAAGGCCUUAUCUCGAAGAAUUGUUGGCUACUUUAAUAAAAACAGUUUUCCUGCUUUUCAGGAAAACAAAAAACCUCAAGUUAUUGUUUCAAGGGAGCACUGUACCCUUGGAGUGUUUGAGUCCGUGGACUCCUGUCCAAGUGUGCAUAUAUCAAUGAUUUCAAUGUAAAUAGACAUUAUUGUUCCAAAAUGCUGGCUGUGAUUUAUGGUGGGAUUCUUUUGAAUAAACGUUCUGUAUGAUAA